AUUUUCAAUCUCAUCAAAGAAAUAGAAGUUCAACCACAAUUUUCAAUCUCAUCAAAGAAAUAGAAGUUCAACCACAAUUUUCAAUCUCAUCAAAGAAAUAGAAGUUCAACCACAAUUUUCACUGUAAAAAAGGAACCAGUUCAGUUUAUUCAAAGUGCAAUUUAUCUGCUAUCGAAAUGCAAAAUAUCAGAUUUAUCCUUUUUUUUUCCCUUCUCUGUUGUAUUUCUUCGUGAAGUCGCAUGGUCCUACAGACACGAGGACUAUCUGAUACUAAUUACAAAGAUAACUUUUUUAUAUUCCUUUGUUUUCAAAGCCGUUUACAUGUCUCAUUUAAACAGCAUGCGACUAGGCCCGUACUAUGUUAUAAUGUGCUCAGUUAAACAUUUAGAAUUGUUUACUUUUCGUGGCAAUUAUUAUUAGUGGUUUCAUGCUGCCGUGUCCACUUGGAACAUUGAAUUCGUUUAAGCACUAUUGUUAUCGUGUUUGAUACGGGCGUGGAUGUAAUAAGGACAGAACGCUAGAUACGGGCGUUGUAUGUAAUAAGGACAGCACGCUAGAUGCGGGCGUUGUAUGUCAUAAGGACAGCACGCUAGAUACGGGCGCUAGUGACACACGGUACCUGUGUAACCCUGAGCGCCAGUGACGAAGGAGGGUCAUAAAGGUCCUUGAUCCAUGGCAAGACGCCACCACGAAGUGACGACGCUGCUGGUCAGUGCUCUUGUGAAAGGCAUGUCGGACCGUACCAAAGUACGAGGCCUGAUGCUAGUGCUGGCCUGUUGCGUACUGCUCACCCUGCAGGUCAGGGACAGGCAUGGCAGCGCUUUUUAUAGUGGCGGAGCCUUUGGCCAGUUACAGACAGAGGCAGCAUCCAAGGUGCUAAAAACCCAGGAUCUAGGUGCUCAUCAUGGGGAAAGCAAGGUGGAGAUAACUGAGAGCACAUCAGGUCAUCAUGUUUCUGUCGUGGAGUCAAUUGUGGAUGAGGCCAGCACUGUGCAGAGCCAGGUAAUGCCCACAACAGCAGAGAGCACGGACAGCAUGAGUAGCCUGGUGGAUACCCCCGUGCUGGAUGAAUACCUCCAUGCCAGAGUGCUGGACAGUGCCCCUAUAUCUCCUCAGCAGCCUUCAAUCUAUGUGGACACCUUGGCCUAUGACCAUCUUCAGGCCACAGAGAGUCUCAAAAGCAUAAUGCCUGGAACAUGGGAUGGAAUGUCUAAAUACUCUGCAGGGAUCGGAGGAAGUGUCCUGGAUGAAGAGAAUACAGGUGGAAAAGAUGAAGACUUCCCUACAUUUGACAAGUGGUCAGUACAGUAUCUGGCUGAACAGGAAAAACAGAAAAGUGAAAAAGAUAAAGAAAACACUGUAGUGGUGAACACGGCCGCAGUUACUCAGAAGAAGCUGCGGCAUAACUUCGCAGCCGCUAGCUGUGGUGCCAAAGUGAUAGCCAGCAACCCUGAGGCGGAGAACAUCAACCACCUUCUGAAUGGCAACCUGGAUGAGUACAUGCUCAACCCCUGCAAGGCCAAGAAGUGGUUUGUGGUAGAGCUGUGUGAGCCUCUUCAGGUUCACAGAGUUGAACUUGGUACUGUUGAACUAUUUGCUUCUCAGCCCAAAUCCUUUCGUGUGUUUGCAAGCUCAAGGUAUCCCACCAAAGAGUGGACUGCUCUAGGUAAAUUUGAUAUGAGUCCAGCCAGAGUUGUCCAGUCCUUUGCCACACUGCUGAGUGAGGAGUUUGUCAAGUAUGUGAAAGUUGAGAUGCUGGAGCAUCAUGGCGGUGAACAUUACUGUCCUCUCACUGCGUUCAAGGUGUUGGGGAUAGACAUGGCAACUGAUGAUUAUGAAAAUGAGCCUGAAGCUGUAGAACCUGAAGGUCAAGAGUCAGCAGGUGAUCUAGAAGAGGACAGCAUAGAAGAAAGUGUCAACCUCUUCACCAGUGCUAAAGAAACAGUAGUGAAGUUGGUCCAGAAAGUUUGGUACAAAGGGGACCAAGAAGGAAAUGCUGAGAAGGGAGAUAACAAGACUUUGGAAGAUGCAGCUGCAGUCAAUGGCAGUGCUGUCCCAGUAGAAGAAAAGAAAGGGGAGACUGUUCCAUGUGCUCAGAAAGAAUCAAGUCAAGGGCCUGAUGUACCUUUACCCCCUGUUGGUAUCAUAGAGCCAGUAUCUAGUACUGUUGAUGCCGAGGAGGUUCCUAUAGUCACCAAGCUAACAGAUGAUGAGCAGAUGCCUAUGGACACCAAAGAGGUCCCUGUGGUGAUCAAGCUAGGGCCGGAGUCGGACGCAGACCUGCCUCGCAGCCGCUGCGACAACAACAUGUGGAGCUCCUAUGUUAACUUGAUGAUGUUGAGAAGUCAGUCCACACCUCCCUGUACCCUGAUUGCACAGUCUGGCUUGAAUACACUGGAGAGAAAUGAUGACAAAGUACUAAUAGACAAGCCAGAAGAUGCUGAUGAAUCUCAGCACCAUGCUUCAGUCAACACUGUCAUCAAGAGCUUUGUCGAUGCCCAAGGUGACACUGUGAUAGGAGAUAAACAGGAAGUUAAGAUGUCUGACACUGCCAUCCAAUUAGAGACAAGUGAACUGCUAGAGCCGCUGGACAAGAAUGCUACAUCCUCUUUCAGCUCAGACGUGAAUCCAGUGCUGGAAAGUUCCCUUCCAGUAGAGAAGGAGAUGUCAAGUGCACUUCCUGAUCCUCACAGAGGUCAACAGGAGUUACAGGACAAGGAGCCUACUCUUGUCGACUCGUCACAGUCCAGUUUGUUCACCUCUGCUGAUGUAUCUGUCACAAAGUCAGAACAUCUGGAGCCUAGCUCAGUUUCCAGCUACCAGGAGCUGGAGAAUGAUGCUGUGUCCAGCAUAACACCUGGACUCCACAUCCAGAAAUCUCAGGUGGUAGAGCAAGGUGCCUCAGAUCUAGCAGAAAGCAUUUUUUUAAAGGUAUCACCAUCUCCAACUCUGAAUGCUGAAGACUCUCAAGAGGGUCCAGCACAAGGUUUCGAAAUGCCCACUGCCAUAGAAAAACCAGAGGAUAAAGUCACAGAAGCCCCAGAGCAGAAGGAGUCUGCUCAAGGGAUCCCAUCAUCAUCUGUGGAAGUGAACGCCUCAGAAGAGGGCAUCGCUUCUAAUACAUUGCUUGAUCACAGCAGAGCUCAGGAAGAGGAAUUGGCAAAUGCCUCACAAGUUUCAAAAUCCAUCAAGACUAUAGACUUGGUGAAAGUUGGCAUACCUUCCUUGGGGAAGAGAGACAACUCUAUUAUGAAGCUUAACAAUAGGAUUAUUGCCCUUGAACAGAAUGUUUCUAUGACAAAGAAAUACCUGGAGGAGCUGAGCCGUGUCUUCAAACAGCAGAAUGAGGAGAUGAUGAAACUGCUGAACAAGACAGAGAAACGUCUGAAUGUCUUUGUGGCCCAGUCGGAAGACAAGAGUGUCAGACAGCAGGACUACAUUGAUGUUCUGGAACAGAAAGUGGUCAACUUGACCCAGACUAUUGAAGAACUGCAGCUGAGAGUGGAAAUGCUGGAUAAAAAGGUUGGAGAUGGCCAGUGCCUUAUGAUAUUCUUUCAAGUUGGACUCAUCUUGUGGAUGCUGGUAUUCACCAUCCGUGGCCGCUCCAAGCAGUCUCUGGCCUACAGUGACCACCAGUUCUUACUGGACACUAUGCCCAAACAGCCCACCAUGGAAAGCUCUGUCCGGCAGAGAAGGAAUUCUGACACAGGACCUGGUCUAGCUAUUGACUCCAGCAAGUCCAUGACAGCUCUGAAGAGACAAAAAAGUGAUACAAAUUUAGCUAACACAGGUAAAAUUGAAGACGUUGGUGAUUUACAUAAAACAUUUCAGUCAGCUGCUCCUCCAAUUACCAAGAAAAAGAAGAAGAAAAAAUGCAAACCGCUAGUUGAUGAACAAACUGUGAGUGCUAACACUCAGGCUAUUGUCAAACCUCUACAGCCUUCAAGCUUUUCAUCAUCUGCUGGGGUUUUGUUUGGCACCAAUGAGGGAACCCCAGUUGACAGCUCUUUUGACCUUAGAUCACACCGCAGAAAGGUUCUGGCAUCUGAUCAGUGUGAUGGUUUAGAAGAGGAUUCUCAACAGUCCUUAGAUAUAAAAGAAUUGGGUUUAACUUUUAGAACAGACACAGGGAACAAGCAGCAUUUCGCAAGAAGCUGUAAAGUGGAAAGCCAGCAUGUGUAUCCUGACUAUUCCCAUGAUGACCUCUCAUGCACUCAUGAUGUUCAGUCUAAAUCACGUGCAUUUCUUCAGCGUAAGUCUUUCAGCGGAGGAGUUGGUGUAGAAGAGGACAAAUUUCAGAGUCAAGAUUUCAUGCAACCCCUGUAUCAUAAGAAUAAAAUGAGCAAGUUAUCUGAUAGUGGCUGUGAUAAUUGUGGUCAGAGGGCUAAACCUCACCUCAAGACUUUAAAGGGAAAGCACUCUAGUCUGGAUGAGACCAGGCGUGCUUCAGAUUUCGUCAAUCCCAACAUUGGCCAGGAGUUCUUUUUGGCUGAGAACUAUCUUCACGAGAACAGGUUCAGGUUUCUCAGCAGUCCAAAUAAAGAUGCCAUUGAUCGCCAUACUUCCUGUCCGUCAUGCUCUGAAAGGAGAGAGGCAUUCUGCCCAGGUUGCAUUGAUAAUUCCCCACACCAUGCUGGCUGUCCCAAAGGCAGGGAGCCGCAGAGGAUGACCUUGUACUCACAUUACCCUGUUUCCAUGGACAUCCAGCCAAUCCCCGCGGUCAUUCUCUGUCCUUCUACGUUGACUCACAAUGUUUUGUCUAGUGCGGUUUCUGGUCACUCCCGACAGUCUUCUCUUUCAUCCACUGUCUCGUCUGCUUCUUCUGUUGUAUCUAGUCCUCAUUCCAAAGACACUGGCUCUCUACCUUCUGAUCACGACCCUGAAUUGCACCUUCCACCUCCAUCCACCCUUCCGGCUUUAUCAACCCUGAGCAUGAAAGAGACACAUAAGAACAAAUCUGUUGAACAUCAUUCCAAUAAAUCCAGCACUUCAGACCACACCGCUGGCCAGCAUCCCAUCCAGGGCACCAACCAUGUUGCCAAUGGUACCGAAAAAAAAAUCCCCACUGUUCAGCAGUCUCACAAAAGCAAAAGUCCACUGGGCAACUUACCCCAUGGAGCCAGCAAGAGCAUGGAAAAAGAUCCUCACCAAAAGCAAGAGAAUCCAAAAGUUUUAUUCAAAUCAUCUUCUUCAAGUCUGCCACAGGGGACAAAGCCUUCAAUGCCCUCACAAACUAAGAAAUCUUCCAUCAGCAAAUUAACAAAUCCAUUUAGAAAAUCUUAACUGUGGGAUACAGCAUCCUACGGAGUAAGAAGAUAUGGACAAACAUUUUUUUUUCAUAGACUAGAAAAUGUUUAUUAUGGAGCUUUCAAUGACAUAAUCUUUAACUAUUUAAGGCAAUCUCAUUUCUGAAAUGUGGCUUUAAAUUAUUCAAAUGUUUCGGUAAAUUUUCAAAAUAUUCCUUGUAUUAUUUCUAUUAUCUCCGAAAGUUAUUUUGUUUCAAUCAGCAUUUCAAUUCAGUUAUAACUCUAAGUUGUAAUGCUUUUUUAGAACCACAUUUUUUUUUCCAUAUGAUGAAGAUUAGUUAGGAUUACUUGGACAUUAAAAACGAAGUGGUCGCAUGACUAAGGAUUUUAUGUUGUUUUUUUUAUUUGCAUUUUGUACUAAAUUGUAUUUAUUCAUAAGCAUGUUUUACAAAAUGUUUGAUUUUAAGGGACAUUUUAAUUAGAAUGAAAGCCAAUGAAUGGCUAGCUUACUUAUGAUUAUAAAAGAAAGAUGUCUAUGAAAAGCAGAAAGAUGUUAGGUUACAAAAAAAGGCAGUGGAUAAUUAUCUGUGUAGUUUUUUGUUUUCCUUCUGAUUGACCAUUGCAUUGUUUUAUUUUUUUCUCUCUAAAUGACCAUUGCAUUGUUUUAUUUUUCCCCUCUGAAUGACCAUCUCAUCAUACGAUGCUUCUGAUGGGCUGAUUUAAAAGAUGAACUCUUUAAGUAAUGUAGCUAAGUAAGAGGUGGUUAUGAGAAUAAAGUCCUAACCCUGAAACCCUUAAUCAAAUAGAAAACUUUCCAAUGUAAACCUAAAUAUAAUUCAAAAGCUACGAGUAGAAGAUUAAACAUAAUGGCUCAGGACAGUAUCUUCCAAACUUUAACAUCUGAGCAUCAGCAAAAAAUUUUAAUAAGUAGUGCCACUUAAUAAAAAAAAAAUUAAAAUAUAAUUUUUUCAAAAUUCUAGGUUUGGACUUUUCAUUUCCAUAUCAUUAGUCCUGUAAGUUUUUUAUUAUUGACACUAUCAAGGACCUUAAGAGUAAGUGUCCUAUUAACUGAAAAAGCAAAUUUAAAUGAUGUCAUUCGGAAGCGUACAAUAAGAAGUCUCGUCCAAUAAAAUAGGAGUUCAGUGGAAAAAAAAAAAAAAAGCAUUUUGUUUAAAUGCCCAGAUUCCUUUGGUUGAGAAUAACUUUUAUCUACAAGCUUUAAUAUGUUGUUUUGUAUUCAGUGUGUGUAAACAUUUCAUGGGAAUGUAUAACAAUGCAUUCUAAUAGUGUUGUCUUGUUUCAUGAAGCCCUUGAUAUUAUUUCAUUGAUGUGUGGCCUUAACAUGGGCAAUUUGAACUCCAUGGUGAUCUUUGUACAUAGCAUCCAGUUUUAUCUCAUUUACAAAUUUGUGCAAUUUGGUCCAAGCUAAGAGCAACGUUGUCUAGAUUUCAUCUCCUGCAUCCAUCUCAGAGGUCUCUUGUCAUUACUAAGGGGACAGUAUAUGGAAGAGGACCAGACAGACUCACAAGCAUUGACCUGUUAAGUCACUGCAGAGUUGAAGAUAAAGAAAGGUUAUCAGAUUUGUUUUUCUCACGUCUUUAAUUUGAUUCCUUUUUGUUGAGUAAAUUAUUUUAUAGUGAGACAAUGCUAGUCAGUUUGAUUAGGUAGAAAACGAUAAGUUUAAAAAAAAAGUUUAGCUGAGUUUUUAGGCCUACAUUGGAGGUGCAGUGGCUGAGCGGUAAAGCGCUUGGCAUUAGUUGGGGAAAAGUAAAGGCAGUGGUCGUUGUGCUGGCCACAUGACACCCUUUUUAACCGUAGGCCAAAGAAACAGAUGACCUUUACAUCGUCUGCCCUAUAUACCACAAGGUCUGAAAGGGGAACUUUACUUUUUUUCUUUUUUUUCAUAGGCCCACAUUCAUAUCAUUGGCUAGGUACAUUUUAUUUUUUUCAGGCACUUUUGAUUCCAAUUAUUUAUCCUAGCCUUUUCUCAUGUGCAUUACCCUAGAAGACUUGUGACAGCAUUAGAGAGACUUCUAGACACACAUUCAGAGUACGGGUGCUUUUUUUUGUCUGUGUUCCAGCAUUAUGUAAAUACACAAAACUUUUGGCUGUCUAGGGAGGCUGAAAAUAUGUUCCUUUUUUUUGCGUCUGUGUGGGAAAACCGCUGAAUAAGUGAAAGUAAGCCACUUGAAUGAAGAAUUGUUGCUCUUUGCUUGUUUAAAUACAUUAUGCAUAUUAACAUUAGAUGGUAAAUUUUUUUUUAUUCAUUGAUCCAGUAUUGAAAUAAUUUGUCUUUUUUUCUGGAUCUUGUUUUAUGAUGGCUUAAAAAUAGACAAGUUGCAACAAUAUGGAUAUAGAAAAUAAAA